AUGGACUGUACGGGUUCAAUGGGCUCAUACAUUAAAAGUGCUACUGAUAACAUUCGUUUGAUUGUCGACGAAAUCGUAUCAAAAGAAAUGACGAAAAUUCGGUUAGCACUAGUAGAGUACCGAGAUCACCCACCACAAGACACUACGUUUAUUACAUGUGUGCACAAUUUUACUGACAAAGUCCAAGAAAUGAAAGACUGGUUAGGACAGUGCAGUGCCCAAGGUGGUGGUGAUACGCCUGAGGCAGUAGCCGACGCACUUCAUGAUAUUUUAAAACUUUCCUGGCGUUCAGAGGCUACCAAAAUUUGCGUGCUCAUUUCAGACGCACCUCCUCACGGUCUUAAGCAAUGUGAUGACCAUUUUCCUGAUGGAUGUCCACUUGGUUUUGAUCCACUUAAAAUCGCUAGAGAGAUGGCCGAAAAACAUAUUACACUCUAUGUAGUGGGCGUUGAACCACCGAUUGGUAAGUUCUCUCUUCAAGCUUAA